CAGCUACCCAUGUGGACUUCACGAACUGUCAACAUUACCUAAACUGCCUACUAGAAAAGAGAACUAUCUGCACUCUUCCCUUUUUGGAAACUAAAUCAAUUAACAAACCAUCAUGAAGGUUGUUGGAUCUACAUGCGCCCUGAAGACCAAGGUUGGCGGUGAAGACGUGGUGCGCUGCCUCUCUGACCAAAGCCUGGCCAUCUCCAAAUGCAAGAUCCCACUGCUGGACGAGCAAAUGAGCAUGUUUCUUCAAGACAUGAACAGCUGUUACAGCAAACUAAAGGAGCUGGUACCCACGCUGCCCACCAACAAGAAGGCAAGCAAAGUGGAGAUUCUCCAGCACGUCAUAGAUUACAUCUGGGACCUUCAGGUGGAGCUGGACGAGCCCGAGAAGAGCCGUCAGCACAACGGGAGCAGCGUACCACGCACGCCCCUCACCACUUUAAACGCAGAGCUGGCGAGCAUCUCUGUAGAGAAUGGAUGCUCAGAUGACAGAAUCAUGUGCCGCUAAGCAGGAGCCCGUCACCCCCCACAGAGCACCACGAAGAACAAACCAGGCUGAAGAUGUGAGCGCGCACUUCAGCGCGCACUUGGGACUGUGUAGGGACGUCUCCAACUCCCAAAAAGCUAGUGUUAAGUUGUGUGUGGACAUCUUUAUGGUGGACUCUCGAUUGUUCCGAGGGUUUCCUGAACACCACCACAGAAGAGAUGAAGACGUAGAUGGACCAGUACUGUCCAAAUAGACUGGGUCAGCCCGGGGACCAAAUCAGAUCAGUGCAACCAGCGACGUCAGUUUGUCUUAGUUUGAAAGAAAGCUAAUGUUUCUGUUCCGCUCUUGUAUCACAUUUAAACCUAUAGAGAAGUUUUGUAAAAGAAUUUAGUACAUUUUCUCAGAAUUCUGAGUGACAAACUGUAUUGUAUAUUACAAUGCCAUUAUGUGAACAUAUUGUUUUCUUACAAUGUACCUAUUGGUGUUUUUAUUAAAACAAGACAAUUAUUUUUUAACAUGACUAAA